GGUUGCGUUCAAAGGCAUUUCGCCUACUCAGUCUGCUCCGAACGAGCGUGACGAUCGCAAGCCGCCUCAGUCUUAAGAAACCGAUUUGCUCAAGGUGUUCCUUUGUGUGCUUUGUGGUAACAAAUACAAGAAAAAAAAAAAAUAACUAACUUGCAACUUGCACCUGAAACCGAAAACCUAAACCGUCUCCCCCCACAUCUCUUGGAGACUUUUGAACAUCACCAUUAAGCCAUGAAUCUCAUACUGAAACUGACCACCGUUGUCCAGUUGGCGCUGCUACUGAGGCUGGCACAGAUUCCCGGGACCACUCAAGGCAAAGAAGUAACCCGUGAUGGGGUUCGCCUGGUUAUGAAGACCCAAUCGGGUAAUAUUAUGCAUCUGCGAGCGGCCCGAGGAGCAACGGAGGAGGAACCAGCACCCGUGGCAGGCGCACCGACGGAGACGCAUCGCGGCAGGAAGAACCGAAAACUGAACAAGUCGGAGGAUCAUCUGCAACCGGGUGGGGGUCACAAGACCGGCAACCGAAAGCCCCAGUCCGGUGGGGACAACGGCCAGCACUCUCAGCCGAAGCACAAGCAAGGACACAACAAGAACUCCGAGAAGCAACAUCGGCAAGGAGAUGCCCAGCAGAAGCAACAGCACGGACACCACAGACCCGGCAAGAAGACGGGAGCCACUGGAAAGAAUUCCGAGAACGCAUCCACUUGUCGGUAUGCCAAGAGCGCCUGGUCGGAGUGUGAUGCCAAAACCAAUAUGCGCACCCGGGUCUUGUCCCUGAAGAAGGGGGAGCAGAACUGUCUUCCCACCCGGACAAUUCAGAAGAAGUGCAAGAAAGGCUGCCGAUACGAUAAGGGAACCUGGUCGCCAUGCAACAACGGCCAAAUGACCAGGGAGGAUAAGCUCCAGACGGAGGUCAGUGGUGGCCAGGCCAGUGACCAGAACUGCGAUGCCGUGCGAAAGGUCAACAAGAAGUGCAAGCCAGCUGGAAACUCUGCCGAAAGGAAGCACAACAAUGGCUCCAAUCGUAACCAAAAAGAGAGGAAACAGAAGGAGAAAGGAUCUCGCCGUCUCUCGUCCAACGUUUGAGUCUAAGCCUUAAAAAAACACACACACAAAAUCAAAAAUUUAUAGCAAUAAUUUUAUACACGGUUUCUUAGAAUUUAGUCAUAUAUUUUUGUAAAAAACAUUCAAAACAUGGUUUUUCAUUAAUAUCUUUUAGAGA